AUGGAUCAAAUCACGCUCGCCCACAGGUCCCGCCCUGUCGAAGCACCUCCGCAGACGCUCGGCGCGGUCGAGCGAUUCUCCAACAUCGCAGAACUCUUCGAUGAAGUCAUGCUCCACAUCCUUUCCAGCGAGCAUUACGGGCCCCAGCACCAGAUGCCCACAGCUGUUGCUUGGGAGCAUCACGCACCGAUGCACGAGGUGGCCACAGUCGUCGCCUGUAUGAGAGUCUGCAAGGCCUGGAAGGCCAACAUCAAACGCUCACCUCGGGUUUCACGCCUCCUCUUCCUGACGCCCGAGCAGGAGUCGACGCUCACGUUCUGGGAGCCCGGCGAUAUCGAACCUGGCUCCAUACCGGCAUACUACCGCGCCCCUCCACUGAUCAAGACGGUGUUCGUCGACCCCACAACCGGGCAGCACCGCGAGAUCCACUCCCAGCACCUCAAGCUGAACCCGCUCCUCGACGCGCUUCUGCCCAUGACGACGCUGGUCCCGUUCUGGUUCAACGUGUGGCGCAGCAAUCCAGACACCUUGGAGCUCGACCUUAUAGAUCUCUUCGAGCCGCACGCCGACCACACUAUUGCGCGGUGCAACGUUAGCGGCGUGAUUCCGAUGCACACGCCUUCGCCCGAGUCAAUACUCACGCAGGUUACCUUCGGCUCCGUCAUUCCCCGCGACGUCCUCAUCGCCCCGCGCAAUGCUGAUAUCCAGGACAUGUUCGUCGUGCAGCCGCCUGUGCUCGAGAUGCGCAUUAAUGCCGGCUUCAAGUGCGCUGGAACUAUUAAGUCGAAGGCGGGCGUUCGCUUCGCGCACUUGUUGCGCUGGAUGCAUGCAUAUGAGGGGUUGGUUGUUGCUGGGGCGUGGCAUGUGGACAGGAUCGAUGUGGAUGACGACUUCGUCAAGGGCUCUCCUUGGUUUCCGCUGAGGAUGCACCAUGAGACUAUGGCGAGGGUUAUGGAUAGCGAGGAGGCGAAGACUAUCUUGGAGUGCAUAUAG